AUGGCGGACAAUGGCCCUCCAAACCAUCAAUUUCUCGCGCCUCCCGCCGUGACCGCGUUGCGACAGGAGGCUCGGAACAUCAACCCGAAGUUGACAAGAACCUUGAGUGAAAAUAUGCGAGAGGAACGGGAGGAUUUGAAGGAAGCGGCGGAACAGACCUUGAAUAUCAUCGUGGAUUUGGAUCUGGAAGGUCGGAUCAAAUGGGUCAGUCCAUCAUGGCGGCAAGUGGUCGGCUCGGCUCCUGAGUCUGUCGAAGGCUGCAUGAUUUCGGUAUUGCUUCUCGGAAACAAGGGUGUCUUUAGAGAUGCGAUUGAGGCCAUGAAAGAGGAUGACUCGCGGAGUCGAUUCAUCCGUUUUACUGUGCAGAUGGGGCCGGACUCCGUUCUGAAAACCGCGCCGGAGUCGCGGCAAACCGAAACGGAGGAGACGUACGACAAUACCCUCGAACCCGAAGAAACGACAGAACCCUCGCAGGUCGAAGGUGAACAAAACAACGAUGUGCUCACCAUGGAGGGGCAAGGUAUUAUGGUUUAUGAGCGUGAUGAAGAUGGACAUUCAAUGUGGAUGCUGCGACCAUUCACCAAGCCGAGAGAAGUGACCAUCGAUCUCCCACCUCUCCUGGUGGAGUCGUUGGGCGUGGGAGCUGAGGUGCUCGCAAAUUACUUGACCACACUGGCCGAGGCCGCUGCGAACGAACCCGAUCCUUCGAAACACCCUGCCCCUACCCCCGUACUAUGUCGAAUUUGCGAGCGUCAGAUCACACCCUGGUGGUUCGAGAAACACUCAGAUCUCUGCCUGCAGGAACACCGAGCCGAGAUGGACGUUCAGAUAGCCCAGGAGAACCUCAACGAACAUCGACAUAUAAUUGUAAAAGUGCUGGAUGCCUUGGAAGCUCGGCACGGAAGACCGUUGAUCACGGCUGAUGGUAAUGUGGUACCGCUCCCUCAGCCGGAGUAUAAAGGAUUACCCAUUGGCCCGUCUCCUGUCAGCUCAAGUCCAUCUUCAGCCCCCGUCUCCGGUGUGAAUUCUGCACCAGGCACCCCGCCUCGUUCAAGGGACCACUCAGCAUCAGGUCUUCCUACGACGGGCCGCGCCCGCUCGUUUACCGUCCGGCGACCACUAGCCCGCAUUGUGGAACUCAUUCUCGACCUCUGCGAUACCGCCCUAGAAAUCAGCAUGCCGAUGAUUAAAGACUCCACUCGUUUAGAACACCCGGAAGAGUUUCGGACGCUUUCGCCACAGUCUGAAUCUCGAAUCUCACAGGUUCUUCAGUGGCAAUCGCCAAGUUCUAAUACCCUGGAGCAGGAACAAGGUCUUGCCGCUCUAGCAGGCGACACCGAGCAAAUUGCAAGAGCCAAAGUCGACGCUGUUGUACGUCACCGAAAGAUUGUCGAGUACGCGGAGAGAAUUCGUAUCGAAUAUACUGUCCUCGUAGAAGAGUGUAUCACAGCUGCGCUCAGCAAAGCAGAAAGGAUAGCCGCCGGCCAGCUCAGCGAUUCGUCUUGCUCCUCUGACGAGGAAGAAUUGCAACAUUCUACUGUCCUUGGAAAUCUAGAUGACUUGAACAUCGGUGCAGUUGCCUCCAGCGACGGGUCCAUCGCUCCCGACCCUUCCAGCCAAGAAUCUUUGUCUUCCCCGGCACGGCACUUUAUGCCCACUCCACAGCGGUCUACGACAUCGGCACUUACGAUGUCCAUGCGCCACUCACCAGAUCGCUUCUUGCUUGGGCAACAGCCCCAACAUCAACCUACAGACGGCAGACCUUCAUCUUCAUCCCUCGCCAUCUCUACCGGAUCCAAUAGCCCUAUGGAGUGUCCUACCCCUCGGUCUUAUAAAAGUGCCGCUGGACUGCUUGGAACUUCACAAUCCAGCCGCAGGGGAUUUUCUCUUGCAGACAUCGACGCAGGAGAUAGCAGCGACAGUAGUAUGCCGUCUGUAUUCCCGGGAGUCUUGCGAACUGAUUCACCAUUGUCUGAACGAAGCUUUGACCGCAAGCGGAGAAGUUUGGUACUUCCUGGGUUAUCGAGCUCUCCCCGCCGGCAGCCAUCUCCCGCGCGGAUAUCUGGUCCGCACUCCCCAUUACGCAUGUCCAAGCCUCGGCAUUCUUAUGGGGCAGAAAGCUUACCGUCACCGGUAGUCUCUCCGUCAAAUUAUGCGAGUGAACUGGCCCACAACUGCCAUCACCACCGUCGCCAGUCAUCAGCAACCUCCUCUGACGUGACCAAACCACCGCCUUCACCGCGUCUGCCGUCAGUCAGUCAGCAGCCUCGCCCUGCGCCGCCUUCAAUCAAGGAUUUUGAGAUCAUCAAACCGAUCAGCAAGGGCGCCUUUGGAAGUGUCUACUUGUCUAAGAAAAAAUCUACCGGCGAGUACUUUGCCAUCAAGGUUCUGAAGAAAGCAGAUAUGAUCGCCAAGAACCAGGUGACCAAUGUCAAAGCUGAGCGAGCCAUCAUGAUGUGGCAAGGAGAAAGCGACUUUGUUGCUAAGCUUUAUUGGACGUUCUCGAGCAAAGAGUACCUCUAUCUGGUCAUGGAGUACUUGAACGGUGGUGAUUGUGCCUCCCUUGUCAAGGUUCUUGGUGGUCUCCCCGAGGAUUGGUCUAAGAAGUACAUUGCCGAAGUGGUUCUUGGGGUUGAGCACCUACAUGACCGAGGGAUUGUGCAUCGUGACCUGAAACCCGACAAUCUUCUCAUUGAUCACCGUGGUCAUCUCAAGCUGACUGACUUUGGUCUAUCCCGAAUGGGCCUGGUAGGUCGCCAGAAGCGGGUACUGAAGAGCCCGAACGAACCUGUCCCGGACUUGCUGAAACAAGGACCGUUCCCUCGAGCCAUAUCGAUUGCCUCAUCACGCUCUGCAUCCUUUGAUUUCCAGGCUGGAUCCCCUGGCUCCACGCCACUAAUGACCCCGGAGAAUAACAUUGGUGUAGCCCAGCCGUCAUAUUUCAGUCUCAACCAGACAAAUCUCAACCAGACUGGCCUCAAUCGCCAGACCUCCCGAAGGGCUUCUGGUUACCGCAGUGAUAGUGCCGGCAGCGACAGUUUGAAUGGCAUGUUUCGAACAUUCUCACUCAAUGACAAUGGACACGAGCCAACUGCCCCGUCGCCGAGUAUGCUUUCUAGCAGCUUAGCUGAGGAAGAGCACCAGAGUGAAGCAGAAGACUCGCCACAUCUGUAUCCGUUGCAGCAGACGUUUAGCCACCCUGCACACAGCACUCCGCCGCCACAGAGCAUGCUUCCACCAGUCAUGGCACUUUUCGAUCCUGAAGACCAUGACCGUCGUUUUGUUGGUACGCCGGACUACCUAGCCCCAGAGACAAUCAAUGGCGUUGGGCAAGACGAAAUCAGCGAUUGGUGGUCAUUGGGCUGCAUUAUGUUUGAGUUCAUCUUUGGAUAUCCUCCUUUCAAUGCUGAGACUCCGGAUGAAGUUUUUGAAAAUAUCUUGCAACGCAAGAUCAAUUGGCCAGAUGAUCCAGAGGAAUACACCUCGCCGGAAUCACUGGAUCUUAUGAAUAAGCUGCUGACCCUCAAUCCCCGUGAGCGCAUUGGAGCCAAUGUGGAAGAGAAGUACCCAAAUGGCGGCGCGGAAAUUCGCGCUCACCCCUGGUUCUCUGAUAUCAAUUGGGAUACUCUAUUGGAAGACAAGGCGGAGUUCGUUCCCAACCUCGAGAACCCUGAAGAUACCGAGUACUUUGAUGCUCGUGGAGCUACUCUCCAGACAUUUGCCGAAGAGAUGGAAGAUGAGCCGUCCCCUCAGCCAUCCACCGCUUCAGAGUCCUACCCAGAUCGACCGCAUGACGCUUUGUUCAAAGUGCGCUCGCAGGUGAAUUCCAUGAAGCGUCCGCUGAUGCCACUGCACAUCCCUCCCCACGUUCGUGAUGCCCGUGAUUCACGUAGCCGAAGGUUAAGUGAGCCGGCACUGGCUGACGACUUUGGAAGUUUCAACUUCAAAAACUUACCGAUGUUGGAAAAGGCCAACAAGGAUGUCAUUCAGAAGAUGCGCCAGGAGGCUAUGCAAACCCAGCACCGCCACUCAAGCUCUUCAUCGUCUGGUCAGACACCAUUGACCGCUGCUCAACCUUCUCUAGAGGGAAGUCCACUUCCAAUGUCACUCCAGCGUACUUUGUCUCAGACUAAGGGCAACAAUCGACCUUCAUCGCCGUCCAGCCUAAGUCAAGCCAACUCAUCUCCCAGUCGGCCUUCUCAACCAUCCUCUCCACUCUUGGUUCAGUUUAGUACUGGGAGCAACCAUGAGCGGCGCAAAACAUCUGGGUCUUCUUCCACUGCAUCCCACCAGUCCAGCGGUACUUUCCAGCCCUCUUCAGUUGAGCAAACCCGCAUGCCCAAUCUUCGCCUCGGGUCAGUGGCAUCUUCUCCUGUCAAAUCCCACAGGAUAGCGGCCCAUUCGCCGGAUAAGCAUUCUUCACUUCAACGUCAAGGCAGUGCUCCCGUUAGUCGAGCUCGGUCUCAGACUAUAGGUUCUCAGGAUGGUGACUCCUCAUACUUCAAAGAGGCCAUCGUGCCCGCUCAUCACAAGCACCGAAGCCAGCUGUUUGACAUCUCACCAUCCUCCUCGGAUAAUGAGGACCCACGUACCAAAGCCCUGCUUAAGGUGCAGCGUCGCCGACAAAGCUCUCGUCGUCUCUCUCAAAUCAAUGUUCAGGAGGGACCUAAAUUUCGUGCACUGGAUAUUCUCAUUUGUGAGGAUCAUCCCGUUUCACGAUUAGUAAUGGAGCGUCUCUUUGAAAAGGUUGGCUGUCGCACCAUUACAGCCACAAACGGUGCUGAGGCCGCGCGGUAUGCUGUCAGUGAUAUAAAAUUUGAUAUAAUCAUGACAGAGUAUAAGUUGCCCCAGAUGAACGGUGUUGAUUUUGCUCGUAUGGUCCGAGAGGGUCGCGGUGCCAACAAUCAUACGUCAAUUGUCGCUGUCACUGGCUACUUGAAGGAUCUACCCGAGUGGCAUAAUUUCAAUGCCCUCAUCCAAAAGCCUCUGACCUUGUCGAAAAUCAUUGAGGCGCUGUGCACUUUUUGCAAUUGGAAGCCACCUCCAAGUGACUAUAAUCCUUCUGACCCUCUCCCUGUGCCAAUGCCUAGCGCACGCUCAUCACAUGGUCCGGAUGAUAACAGUCCCGGCUCGCAAUCAUCGGGAUUCGUGCCCCCGCCAAGCCCAUACCGUGGAUCAAGUCGUGAUGAUUCAAUGAGCGGCAGCGUUUUUGGAGAGAUGGAGAUCAAGCCAGAAGACGUUCCAGUCAUCAUCCGUCGCAACCACGACGAGUGGGACCCGAGUGGGCUUGGAAUUUCCGAGGAUGCGCAUCCAGGCAGUCCUGAUCCUAAAGUAGUGCCUGUGCCACAAUUACUACAUGCGGUCUCAGCUCCAGCGGUUGUGGAUGGAAGUGGAGCACUUACCCCUCGCAAGCAGCGUUCCAGCGAGGCCAUCCGAGCGAAGCGAGAGUCUCUGGAGCGGAAACGGUACGAAGGAGCCGAGUCUGGCGAUGACGAAGAUGAGGAGCUUGGGAACUCGCAGACCCGUAAGAGCCCCCCUGGGCGUACCCGUCGCCCGGGAUCCAAGCUAGGUAUCGAGAUGAUGCGCACCAAUAGCCGUGGCAGUGUGGUCAGUGGCAGUGAAGAACUCCUCAAGAAAGAACGGGAGGCAUUGCGCCGCCGAAGCGGCGAGUAUAUCGACACUGACAUUGACGAGGGUCCUCUGGGAUCCCCUGCUAGCACUAGCAUGGAGGAAAGAUUCGAAGGGCUCAGCAUCCCAGAAGAAUCCGAGGCUGAGGACGGACUAGGCAUUCAAAAUGCCUCUCCAGUGGAUGGAUCUACAGGCGCCCGUCGGCCGUCCCUUGCCCACCACGAUACUGAGAUCUAUAAUGGACCUCCGCUUAGCUCUCACGCUGCUUUGAAAACCGUCGAAGGGGCCAAGUCAACCCCAACCACUCCUCCAUGGGAGAUGAGUGGCAACAAGUCACCCAUUACUCCAGAAAUCCACGUUGCAAGCAAUGAUUCCUCCAGCUCUGGAGCGGACGAUGGCAAGCCUAUGUCUGACUCCGAAGCCACUCCACGACCCCAGCAACUAUCUCCAAGUCUGGACUCCGACGAGACGCCUCGGCCUCCUGGGCGUUACCGGCCUGAUCUAUCAUCUGUAUUCAAGAGAUGA